AUGGCGACUCCGAUUACUGAAGUGAUGACGUCUCCACCCACAAGCAGCCCCACUCAGAUUCAACUGGUCGAUUCAUCUAGGGCUAGCAUCAAUGGCCAGAUCCAGCUUGUCGAUUCCUCAAUCGCAUCUCCGAGCUAUGGCCAGUCAUAUUCCUACAGUCGGCGGAGGGGAAACGAUGGCGCCAGCGUUUCCUCGCCGGGCCAGAUUAAGCUCGUAGACUCGUCCGCCAUGAGAGAAGCUCCAAAGAAGCAGCCCCUUAUAUCCAGCGCGACGGUGGUGGAAACUAAGAAUCAACCUGAGCCAACGGCAAAGGUAGAACCCAAGGAACCGCCUCAAGAGCAGCCGAGGGUGGAGCCAAACGAAGAGCCUAAAACUGAGCUACCGCCGCCGUCCCCCAAGAAGCUCAACGUGAAGAGAAUGUCCAAGUUCCUCGAUGAUGCCGGCCAACCCACCCCCAAACUGUCGGCUUCAUCUACAGAUGACACGCCCGCUCGGUCACCAAGACGAAUGUCGAGGCCACCAUCGCCAAUCAAGUCGCUGGAAAGCCAGCCCACUCAGCCGGCCGCUUCCUCGCCAUCCGCCGCCCUUGCAAAGGGUACCUACGGGAGGCCCGAGUCGAUUCGUAAAGGGAGUACAGGACAGGGCAUUAACACCGUGUCAGUGCAGAGGCUGCAGAUCUUCGGCGAUGGUAAAAUGGUGCCAAUACCGGCACACAACGAACGCGUCGUCUUUGAGCUCUCGACAGUCAAGGCUACGGAGGGCUACGUCAACAAGGAGGCAAAAUCGAUUGGAGGCAAGAUGGUGGUUGUAAAACAGGGCAAGGAAACGCCUGAAUUUUUGCAAGCCAUCGGAGGCGUCCUCAUCACGCGUCGCGGGUCAAGCAACAAAUAUGACUCUUUGGCCUCCAACAUGCUCUGUGGGCGCAGAUACUUUGGCUUUGUAGCCUUUGACGAGGUGGACUUUUCGCCCGUCAACCUGUGUUCAGGAUUCCCCUUCUUGAUCAAUCAGCAGAGCCAGUGCUUCCUAUGGAAGGGAAAGGGCACCGACUCGGAGGAGCUCGAAAGUGCCCGGCUAGUCGGCAUGGACCUGUCCCUCACUGGCCAACUAGAGGAGAUUGAUGACGGCAAUGAACCGGCUACGUUCUGGGACAUUUUUGACGGAGGCUCCAAGCAACUCUCGGCAGAUCACUGGCGGCUCAAGCCUAGCUAUUCCAAGUACUGUUGCCGGUUGUUUUGCUCCGAUGCGUCGUCGAAGCAACAGAUCCUCGAGCUUAGCCCUUACUGCCAGGCCGACCUCAGCACCAAGAAGAUUUAUGUGCUCGAUGCCUUUUUCGAGAUGUACAUCAUUGUUGGGGCUGAGGCCAAAUCGCAAUAUGCUUCCUUCCGAAAUGCACUCGACUUUGCGCAAGAAUACGGUAUUCUCGCCAGCGGGAUGGAAGACCGGCCCUUCGUUCCCAUCUCGACAGUGGUCCUCGAGGGCAUUCCCCGCGAUCUCAAGAGCGUCUUCAGGAAAUGGCGCGAUGCCUACAGCCCGACCGUCAUGCCUCCUCCGACCACACCAGGGUCGGGACUGAAGAGGGGCAGGAGUCUUCGCAUUGUGCCACUCACCCAGGCUUUACAGGCACUGGCGGAGUAG